AUGGCUCGAGCGCAACAGAUUGGUGAUACCAGGGGCAUGUGCUUGUGUUACGCAGGGCAUCUCUGUUUCAUGCGAACUACAGGCCCGGAACAAUGUAUAUUCCGUGAGCAUAUUAGUGAACUUGAAGGAGAAUUUUUCUAUCUGAAACCUUGCAUUGAUCCAUCUCCAAAUGAACUUAGCACUGUGAAAUGGUACAAAAAGAAUGAGUCACUUGGACUUGUUGAGUUACCCUCUAGCAAUUCAUCCAGGAUAAUUUUACGUAAUAAGAGUUUAGAGUUUUGGCCACUUGAGCUGGGUGACCGUGGAAGUUACAUGUUCUGCAUGGGUCUUUCUCUGGGCCAGUUCCAGUUGCCACCAAAUUUAAGGAAUGCAACUGUGGGAGUAGAUUGUGAAAAAAUAAAGAGUGGUGAAUCCUUUAUAGAGAAGAGUGCAACGUAUGAAGAUCAAGGCUAUUACACCUGCGUUUAUAGUCUUCAUCUCAAUGGAAAGCCAUUUAAUUUCACCAAAACUUAUAAUGUAACAAUAACUGAAGGUCAAGAUCUUAUCCAUUCAUAUUUUCAUGGACCAAAUCCUGAGUAUAUUAAAGUGGAAUUAGGAAAAGAUGUACUGCUUAACUGCUCAGCUUCUGCAGAUAACUGGAGUUUAUUUGAGUGGAAAUUUAACAGUGAAACUCAUCAUAAUGCGGAAGAAAAAGAAUUAACAACAUUUGACAUUGGAAAGAAUCAAAAACAUAUGUCACAAAUAUUAGAAAUUAAGAAUAUUAAUGAAAAAAAUCUAAAUACUCCAUAUGUUUGUAUGAUUAGUGGAAAAAUUAAAGAGAAUAAAACCUUCAUCUUGUUGAAAAAAGAAGAGCCUGAUAUCUCCAACCAUGUCUUCAAGAGAGGAAUGAUCAUAACUGUUUUUAUAUCAAUGGCAAUUGUAUGCCUGGUAAUCUUGGGUAUCAUAUAUAGAGUUGACUUGACUCUAUUUUAUAGACAUUUCAUGAGAAGAGAUGAAACAUUAACAGAUGGAAAAACGUAUGAUGCUUUUGUGUCUUAUCUAAAAAACUGUCAACCCGAGAAUGGAGAAGCACACACCUUUGCUGUCGAGAUUUUGCCCAAGGUGUUGGAGAAACAUUUUGGAUAUAAGUUAUGCAUAUUUGAAAGGGAUGUAGUGCCUGGAAAAGCUGUUGUUGAUGAAAUCCAUUCACUAAUAGAAAAAAGUAGAAGACUAAUCAUUGUUCUAAAUAAAAGUUACAUGUCUAAUGAAGUCAGAUAUGAACUUGAAAGUGGACUUCAUGAAGCACUGGUAGAAAGGAAAAUUAAAAUAAUCUUAAUUAAAUUUGCAUCUGUCAGCGACUUCUCAUUCUUGCCACAAUCACUAGAGCUUUUGAAAUCUCAUAGAGUUCUGAAGUGGAAGGCUGAUAAAUCUCUGAGUUACAACUCUAGAUUUUGGAAAAAUCUUCUUUACCUGAUGCCUGCCAAGGUAGUCAAGCCAUGCAGAGAUGAAUCAGUAGAAUCGUUUCCUUUUUUUCAAGAUUCUGAACUUAGAAACCUAAACAAAUGA